UUUAAACAUGAUUGAGUGAAGACAUAUUUUGAGGUAUGAGAAGAAAGAUGUUGAGAAAAUGAAAUUGUUGACACAGAAGAUUCCGUGAGAUGAUUGCAUGCCUUCGCAAGCUAGAAGCUCAAAGGCUUCCAAAGAUAUUUGGAUUUGCCUCAGAUGAGCCAACAUUGGAUGUGGAAGGAGAGCUAAAGGGCAUGCUCUUGACCAUUACGAUUCAACUCAUCAUAAGCUCUCAAUAAAUGCCCAAACAAUGGCACUGUGGUGAUAUAAGUGAGAUUUUGAUUUGAUUGAAGAAGGAAUCCAAGUCUCUAAGGAUGGCCCUCUUUCUCCAGGUAGCGAAGCUUAUAAAGAGCAUGUUGAGGAUAUGCAUGAUUAUCUUUGCGAACUCAUCACUACAAAGUGACAUAAAGGGAAUGAGUCACAGGAGGGUAAGACAACUGUUGGCUCAGCUGGAUUUCUUUCAAAUGCGACAAAAGAGAAUCGAGCUUCUUCAUACCAUAAUGUUAAAGUAGAUCAGAUCGAUGAGCAGCAAGUGAAUGGUGAAUAUACUGCUGUUGAAGCACAUAGCAAGGAAGCUUCUCUUGCUGAUGAUAUUUCCUCAGAAAGUUCAGGGUCGCACUCUUACCUCUCACCAAUAAUCAUGAGGUUAAGAUCAGAGCAUGAUAUGAACAAAUAAAGUAGAUGAACUUUUGUUUUCAGGAAGAGGUCUUAGAAAUCUUGGAAAUACUUGCUUCUUUAACUCAAUAAUUCAGUGCCUGACAGCUACAAGGGAUCUGUUCUUUUUAUUGUACGAAGAUCAUUUGAAACAAACAGGCAGAGGCUUUGUGUUCAACGAGGAAUUCAGGGACUUAAUGAUAGACAUGAGAGAAUCGAAAAGCGAUGUAGUGUCUCCUGUAGAACUCUUUCGAGCAAUAGUGAGGAAAAACUCCAGAUUCAGAGGAUACCAACAACAAGAUGCUCAUGAUUUGCUAAUGAUGCUUUUGGAAAACUUAGAUAAGGAAGCAUAUAAGAAGAAAAAGAAGCCUCUGAUGGAGCAUACAUUUGGAGGAAAAAUGUUGACAUGAGGCAAGUUCUAUCUUAAUAAUCUAUAGUUCUCUGACUG